UCCGCGAAGCGUGCUACAUUUGCGUUAUGUCCUGUCGAUGGGUUGAGCAACGUACGCCUCCGGAUAAGAGCCCGUCUGCGCCCGUUUACCACUAGAACUUGCAGACAAACUCGGACAAAAGUUUUUAAACAAUAAGCAACAUUUUAUCGUGAACCUAGUUAAAUUAAUGAAGAAUUAAGAAAUAGAAUAAGUUUUUCCCUUUGACAUCUUUGUGUGACUUGCCUUCUCUCUCACUGUGAUUUCUGGUUGAUGUGUUUGGUGUCUUAGAAUUUGAAAAAUAGAUUAUACGUCUGGUGUACCAUCCAUAUCUGGAAUUAAUCUCGAUAACAUUUUUCGAAGUGUCAUUCUCGAAUUUCCAGGCAAGAUGUUUAAAAGUGGUGCAACUCUUGGAUGUAGUUUUACUUCAGGAACCGAAAAAGAUGGUGUAUAAUUCGAAUUGAAGAUUAUGGAAUUUGCAAGAGGAUAUUUUCUUUUACUUUUGGUUCUUCUAUGUUCAGGUGAUGCAGAGUCGACGUCUUCGUAUUUGGACGAGGGGUUUUUCAAUAGCAACGUCAGCAGCUACCCCUACUUCGAAUUCAACGUGCCCCGUAACGUAACCACGGCGGUGGGGCAGACUGCUUUCCUUCACUGCAGGGUCGAGCAGCUGGGAGACAAAGCGGUUUCAUGGAUCCGAAAAAGGGAUCUGCACAUUUUAACUGCCGGAAUCUUAACCUACACUUCGGACCAGAGGUUCCAGGUAAUCAGACCGGACAAAUCAGACAAUUGGACGCUGCAGAUAAAAUUUCCGCAGUUGAGGGACAGCGGCAUCUAUGAAUGUCAAGUGAACACUGAGCCUAAAAUGUCUCUCCCUUUCAGACUGAACGUUAUAGAGGCGAAAGCGAGAAUCCUCGGUCCGAGCGAUCUUCACGUUAAGGCAGGAAGUUCCGUAACGUUAGCCUGCGUAAUUAAUCAAGGACCACAUAACCUAGGAACUGUGCUCUGGUACAAAGGUGAUGAUGUAUUGGAGCUCCCGCAGGAGACGUCCCAGAAUGACAUCGAAAGGACCGCCAGAAUCAGAGAGGAGAUCGAAUGGACGGAUGGAUUAACGUCACGGCUGCACAUCACAAACGUCCACUUAUCGGACUCCGGGAACUAUUCCUGUGUACCCACCACCGCUGCAGCGACAAGUGUGAACGUUCAUGUAAUUAAUGGAGAACAUCCAGCAGCGAUGCAGCAUGGAAACAAAAAUACAGCCCCCCUAUCAUCUUUACAUUGCACCCUUGUAUAUAGUAUCUCUGUCUUCAUAAUAAAACACAUCAGAUGAAACAUCUUGUA